UUCGGAAUAAAGAAAAUAAAACAGCAGCAGCAGCAGUAAAAACAAAACCCUUCGGGGCUUUCACUAUGUGGCCGAUGGCAAAAUGACCCUGCUGGCGAGCAUCCUCGACUGCGGAGGCGGCAUCUCCGCUCAGCGAUUCACCCGCUUGCUGGCCCAGUCCAGCUUAUUGGCCUCCUCAUCCGCAUCCGCAUCUGCAUCCGCAUCUGCAUCCGCAUCCGGGACAUUUGCAUCCGAGUCUAUGCUGGAGCCGACAUCCUCGCAUAUCCUGCCGACUGGACGAGUGCCAGUCCUGCACGGUUUCGAUUCCACGACAACGGAAUCAACGACAAGUACCUACGUCCUCGAUGGAGUUGCCAGUGUGGCCCAGAUGCCCCUCCUGGAGUCCACUGUCAUGGACGCCCUGCCCGAUUCGGAUCCGGAUCAGGCAUUCGGCAAUCUCAACGUCACCGCACCAUGGAAUUUAACGCUCGCAUCAGCGGCAGCCACCAACUUUGAGAACUGUUCGGCGCUUUUUGCCAAUUACACCCUACCACAAUCAGGUCUCUACUGCAAUUGGACCUGGGACACAUUGCUGUGCUGGCCACCUACUCCGGCCGGAGUCCUCGCUCGGAUGAAUUGUCCUGGCGGCUUUCACGGCGUAGAUACGCGCAAAUUCGCCAUCCGAAAGUGCGAGUUGGAUGGCCGAUGGGGCAGCAGACCGAAUGCCACGGAAGUGAGUCCGCCGGGAUGGACGGACUACGGACCGUGUUACAAGCCAGAGAUCAUCCGCCUCAUGCAGCAGAUGGGCAACAAGGACUUUGAUCUCUACAUAGACAUAGCGAGAAAAACUAGAACCCUGGAGAUUGUGGGGCUGUGUCUUUCGCUCUUCGCCCUGAUAGUAUCUCUGCUGAUCUUCUGCACAUUUCGCUCUCUGAGGAAUAAUCGCACCAAGAUCCACAAGAACCUAUUCGUCGCCAUGGUGCUGCAGGUUAUCAUCCGGCUAACCUUAUAUUUGGAUCAGUUCCGGCGGGGAAACAAGGAGGCGGCCACCAACACAAGUCUCUCCGUCAUCGAGAACACACCGUACCUGUGUGAGGCAUCCUACGUGCUGUUGGAGUACGCCCGCACCGCCAUGUUCAUGUGGAUGUUCAUCGAGGGUCUCUACCUGCACAAUAUGGUCACGGUGGCCGUUUUCCAGGGAAGCUUUCCGCUCAAAUUCUUCUCCAGACUCGGCUGGUGUGUUCCCAUAUUAAUGACCACCGUUUGGGCGAGGUGUACGGUGAUGUAUAUGGACACAUCGCUGGGCGAGUGCUUGUGGAACUACAAUCUUACGCCAUACUAUUGGAUCCUGGAGGGACCUAGACUAGCAGUUAUACUGCUCAAUUUCUGUUUCCUGGUGAAUAUAAUCCGUGUCCUGGUGAUGAAGUUGCGCCAAUCGCAGGCCAGCGAUAUAGAACAGACUCGAAAGGCCGUAAGGGCAGCGAUAGUCCUAUUACCACUUUUGGGUAUUACCAAUCUCCUGCAUCAGUUGGCACCUUUGAAAACGGCCACGAAUUUUGCGGUCUGGUCAUAUGGCACCCACUUUCUAACAUCGUUCCAGGGAUUUUUCAUAGCACUUAUUUAUUGCUUUUUAAAUGGAGAGGUCCGUGCCGUGCUUCUAAAGAGCCUCGCCACCCAGCUAUCGGUUCGUGGUCAUCCGGAGUGGGCGCCAAAGAGGGCGUCCAUGUAUUCAGGAGCCUACAACACAGCGCCGGAUACAGAUGCAGUUCAUCCAGCUGGCGAUCCAUCGGCCCCCGGAAAGCGAAUUUCCCCUCCGAAUAAAAGGUUAAAUGGAAGGAAGCCAAGUAGCGCAAGCAUUGUAAUGAUCCACGAGCCACAACAACGACACCGAUUGAUUCCUCGGCUUCAAAACAAAAACCAAGAAAAGGGCAAGGAUCGGGUGGAGAAGGCGGAUAUAGAUACGGAACUGGAUCCGGCCAUCACUCGCAUUCAGAGCAAGGAAAGCACAGGAAGCACCGGAUCGCGGAGUCGCGGCUCCAAGUGGAUAAUGGGCAUCUGCUUUCGGGGUCAAAAGGACAAAUGUGUGAUGCCAGGUUCGCAAAAGACGCAGCAAAUAUUUAUGACAUCACAAUUGCCGCCGACAUCGACGCUGACACCGGUAGCAACAACAAUAACCACAACAACAACAACCGCAGCAGCAGCCAAAACCACAAUCGCAACUAGUGCAACAAUCGCGACGAUAACAAAAUCUAAGACAAAAGCCAAAGCGAUUUCAAAAAAUUACCAAAUCCCAAAAGCUUAAAGCAUCUCGAUCUUUAUCCCUUUCACACUUGCAAGCGCAACUGUACCAAACUAAACUAAAAAGCUGACAAGUGUGCACGUUUUUUUGUAUGCAGCGGCUUUGACUAUACCGCGAUAAGUCUCGAUAGAAUAAAUAUCGUUCAAUAUACAUACAUAUAUCCAAUAUUUUUUGUAUAUUUACCAACAAAGGGUUGGAUCACAAUUUUUUGGCAUAUACAUUCAUAUAUAAAUAAAGGAAUUGUGUAAUGAGUGUAAUGAAUGUAAUUAUUUUUUUUUAAUAAGCUCUGUAUACAUACUUAUAACGGUAUUUACAUAAAACAUAGAGAAAACAUAUUUACAUACUUGGUAUUUACACUAUGAAUCACAUGCAGAGAGAUACCUGAUAGAAUGGUCGGAGUAUAGAUCGUAUAUUGAGUAUGCAUAUUUUAUGUAAACACAUGCAAAGAGAGUACAAAGCACUUUGAAUGGUAAAGAGGAACAAAAACUUAAAAAAAAAAAAUUGGAAAUUGAACGUAUCAUUAUGUCACAUCAUUUGAUCUCUGAUCAGUGCGAAUAUUGAAUAUUCACAUUAACUUUAAGCUUACUAUGCAUUUUUAAAUGGAAUAUUUUGCGUGUGAAAUCGAUUUGGGUUUAAAUUAAUUUUUCUGUUCACGUUUGGCUUUACGCAAUUUUCAAAUCCAAGCCGAAUUUAAAAGAUGGAACAUAAAAACCAGAACACCCAGUGGUCAAUGGCAAACUAUUACGUGUAUAAGGCUAAACGGAAAAUGAAUAAACAGGAUUUUAUAUGCAUACAUACAAACUACAACUGAUUGCCUACUUUGUCUUCUUUGGGGUCCGUUUCCAGAUCGGCACGUGCCAUUCGUGAAUCCAAAAACUGUCAUAGCUUAAUUGGCAAUUUUGGGCCAUAAGCAGCUUAAUCGGACGAUUUAAUGGGCUAUCAAAAGAGUGUCAUAAAAAACCGGUGUGGAAAAUAUGCAGCUAAUACCUAAACGACUUAUUGGAUACCUUAUACUUUUAUAGACCUCAGAAUUCUAUACUAAACAAAAGUUUUAAAAGACCUUCAAACAAUUUAGCUCUGGCUUUUGGAGCUCAAAGCGAAUUUAAGGCCCUAAUUACUGAUGAUCGACAAACAGGAAUGCAUAUUGAUAACUUACUUAUACCGCAUAAAUUGCAACAAUAAGUAUAAGGGUAAAAAUUAUUUAAAAGAGGAUGAAGGAAAAUUUCAACUCUUAGAAUAGGAUGAAGUAC